GCAUGCAUGUACGCGAGUUGAAUAAGUAGUAAUCUAGAUCUCAGAGCGCGUCAUUGACGUAGUACAAUGGUAGUUGUAUGUUUUCAAGAUAUGCAUACGUAUACAAACGAAUGUAGCACAAACGUAUUCGUAAGGUGUGCACUCGCCACGACAUGCUGUAUGUGUGGAUAAGUGAGCACUUAAAGCUGUCUUUCCACCGAGAUUACAGUUUGAAGAUUGUUAUAAUGAAGUUCAAGCUUUUGAAAAUUCAAAAUAUUAGAUUUUUUUACAAUUACUGUCUCCAUUCACGGUGGACGAAUUUCAAGAAAGGUGUCAUUGUUUAAGCAUAUUAGCCUCACAACUUAAUGAAACAGAUGAAGUGAGUGAUUGGACGUACAGCAUAAUCGUACGUGUGCCUCUAGUAGCAGUGGCAAAGGAUUAGGUUAGGAAUUGAGUAACAACGCCCGUGAAGCGCUCGCAACAUGAGAAUCAAAGGGGCCUGAAUCGUGAAUCGCGCGUAGCGCGGGAGAGAGCGAGGCAGGCGCGAGGCGAGGCGAGCCAGGCAGUGAGUAUGCAACGGAGGCCGAGCCAAGCGAGCGAGCUCUUGGGUGUGGUUCACGUGGGAUCUUUUUCUUAGAUGCGCGGUCGAUGAGUUCGUCUAGCAUUUGACACUCGUAGCCUGACGUGCUUUACAGUAACACUUGUCCACAAGUGCGCAAGUGUUUGAACGACAAGAGUUAUUGAUUGAAAAAUUGAUAACAAUCAGAGUAGCGUCAGUGACGCCAUCCACUCAGCAAGAUGAAGAGCAGAAGCUUAUCCGGAAACGUCGGCAUCGGCACCUUCAUGGUCGGCUUUAUCUGUAUUAUCGUAGGUUUUAGUACUGCCAGCUGGCUCACCAGCGAUCCUCGCAUCGUUAAUGCAAAAAUGGACCAACUUGGCCUUUGGAGGCACUGCUUUAGAUCUCUACCGAAUCCAGCUGAAGCUGAUGCGCCCAGGCGCUUCUUCGUCGGCUGCAGAUGGGUUUACGAUCCAUUCACCACUGGAUACUCUGAAAUACGAGGCUACCUUCUACCACCUUUUAUGGUGACCACACAAUUUUUCUUCACUCUCUGCUUUUUGUCAUUCCUCAUAAGUUUAGGCCUGAUUGUACUCUACUCAACAUGUUGGGAUCAAGAGCAUAAGAAUUACAUCAACUUGAUUACAGCAAUUGGAUCUCUUUUAUUAUUUGGAAGUAUUUGUGGGUGUAUUGCUGUUAUUGUAUUUGCAUUAUUUGGUAAUACAGAUGGUUGGAUGCCUGGCCAUUCUAAUAACUUUUUUGGGUAUUCUUUUAUAAUAUCUGUCAUUGGAAGUAUCAUAGGCUUAAUAGCUAGUGCACUAUUCUUUAUUGAAGCAAAUAUUCAAAAGGAAAAACGGAAAGAUUUCAAAGAAUCUCAAACGAAAUUUUCGCUUGAAGCACGUGCCUAAAAAACUAGAUUGCUGCCUAUUACCAUUGCCUACUUAAUAGGUCAUUCAUAAAAUUACCAUAUACAAAAAAAUUGUAAGACUUUGUCAACUAUGAUAACUAUUUCACCAAUCCGUCCACUUUGCGUAAUAAUUAAGAGUAUUAUUAAGAUAAGAUAUAAUGAAAAGAAUGACGAGCUUUUAAAGCAAACUUUUCAAAACAGUGUAUAUUUUAAAUAUACAACUGUAGAUUUAAUCAUAAACUCUAAUUAUCCGUCCAUGGUUAUUAGUACAAAAUGUUUAUAUUAUAUUUAAGUAAUCAAUGAUUUAUUGCUUGUAAGUAUUAUUUUAAUAUUGUUGUAUAAACUUUUUUAUGAAUAAAGCUUUCU